AUGGCGGGGCCGGCGGCCCGGCGGCGGGGCCCCGGCUGCGGGUCGCUGCUGCUGCUGCUGCCGGCGCUGCUGGAGAGCUGGGCGGCGUGCCAGGCGCCGCCGGUGCCCGCCGCCGAAAGCCCUCCGGGCGGCACCGAGCUCGGCGUCGAGCGGCGCUUCGUGCCCGAGAGCUGCCCGCGGGCCGUGCGCCCCGGCGACUUCGUGCGCUACCACUACCUCGGCGCCUUCCCCGACGGCACCCGCUUCGACUCCAGCUAUGACAGGGGAUCCACAUUCAACGUGUUUGUGGGCAAAGGUCAACUUAUUGCUGGGAUGGACAAAGCUCUGGUUGGCAUGUGCGUGAAUGAGCGGCGGUUUGUGAAAAUCCCCCCUAAGCUUGCCUACGGAAGUGAAGGCGUCCCUGGUGUGAUACCCCCCAAUGCUGUGCUCCACUUCGAUGUGCUCCUGAUAGAUCUUUGGAACUCAGAGGACGAAGUGCAGGUUCAGACUUAUUUCAAACCUGAGAAGUGUCCUCGGACAGUCCAGGUGUCUGACUUUGUGCGGUACCAUUACAAUGGAACAUUCUUAGAUGGAACCCUAUUUGAUUCAAGCCAUAAUCGGAUGCGAACUUAUGAUACCUAUGUGGGAAUUGGAUGGCUGAUUCCUGGCAUGGACCAGGGUCUCUUGGGAAUGUGCGUAGGAGAGAAGCGCAUUAUCACAAUACCACCUUUCCUGGCAUAUGGAGAAGAAGGAGAUGGUAAGGAGAUUCCUGGCCAAGCUUCCCUCGUCUUUGAUGUGGUUUUGCUAGAUCUCCAUAACCCCAAAGAUGGUAUCGUUAUUGAGAACCAAGUUGUACCUGAAUCUUGUGAGCGGAGAAGCCAGACAGGAGACUUUCUCCGAUACCAUUACAAUGGCACACUUUUGGAUGGCACAUUAUUUGAUUCCAGUUAUUCACGAAACCAUACGUAUGACACCUAUGUCGGGAAAGGUUAUGUCAUUGCUGGAAUGGAUGAAGGUUUGCUAGGUGUGUGCACUGGUGAAAAAAGAAGAAUAAUAAUCCCCCCUCAUCUUGGAUAUGGAGAAGAAGGAAGAGGAAAGAUUCCAGGAUCUGCAGUGCUGGUCUUUGACAUCCACGUGGUUGACUUCCACAACCCUUCAGAUUCUGUUGGCAUUACUGUUAACUACAGACCUUCCAACUGCACCGUACUAAGUAAGAAGGGAGAUUACUUGAAAUAUCACUACAAUGCUUCGCUCCUGGAUGGUACUUUGCUAGACUCGACACACAGCCUUGGCAAGACUUACAACAUAGUUCUUGGAUCUGGACAGGUAGUAGUGGGGAUGGACAUGGGCCUUCAAGACAUGUGUGUCGGGGAACGACGAACAGUUGUUAUUCCACCUCAUCUUGGUUAUGGAGAAGAUGGAGUUGAAGGAGAAGUGCCUGGUAGUGCUGUAUUAGUUUUCGACAUUGAACUGCUGGAACUGGUGUCUGGCUUGCCUGAAGGGUACAUGUUUGUAUGGAAUGGGGAAGUGUCUCCCAAUCUUUUUGAAGAAAUAGACCAGAAUCAUGAUGGAGAGGUUCUUUUGGAGGAGUUUUCAGAGUACAUCCAAGCUCAAGUUGAUUCUGGCAAAGGAAAACUAGCUCCUGGUUUUGAUUUUGAGAAGAUUGUUAAAAAUAUGUUCACCAAUCAAGACCGGGAUGGAAAUGGUAAAGUUACUGCUGAAGAAUUCAAGUUGAAAGAUCAGGAGGCCAAAGAGGAACACGAUGAACUGUAAAGAUAAGAAAAAAAGAAGAGUCCUGAGCUGACCUACUGUUUGAACAUGUGUACUGAAAGGGGUUUUGGCAAGCGUGGUUCUGGAAGGAUAGCCUGGGUCUGCCUGUGCUGGGAUGUGGGUAGGCUCUUAAAAUAGGAAGAGAUUUUCAGUUUGAACUGUUAGGUAUAUCUGAAGAAAGUGUUAAGUGCCUCAAGG